AUGGAUAGAUCUACGAAAAAGAAAUGUGCGUGGCAGGAUAGAAAAGGCUCGAGAAGCGGACAUCCGCGAAAUGAACGGAAAAGAUCCACGGGUUUCAAGGGAACAAAUCGACACGAUAUGGAAACGGAUCCAACGUUUGCGAGCACUUCGGCACCAAAAAUCUCGAAAAAAAGUCCAGAGUUUGAAGUUCGAAUCGAUCAAACGUUUAGUUAUGUGAUUUUGGAGUUCUUUUUGGUUUUCGGCGCUCUUCAGGAACUGUUGAAGUGCAAAAAGUGCAAUAGCGACGUGAAGUUUUUUAAAAAAUCGAUUCGCGGAUUGGGCUUUAUAAUUUGUGUUCAGUGUUCGUGUCCAGAUCCGGUCGAGAUAGAUUCUUGCCCUUUGAUAAAAAAUGCUUAUAAAAUCAAUCGUCGUUUCUGCUUUGUCAUGCGAAUGAUCGGCAUCGGCAUAAAUGGCAUUAGAAAUUUUAUCGCCUUGAUGGAUUUAACUGCAAACUUCAAUAAUAAUACCUAUUAUGGAAUCGUGAAAGUCCUGCAGAUUGCAGUGAAAUCAAUAUACGAGGCCGUCGUGAAAAAAGCAGGUACCGAAGAGAAGGAAAAAACUUUGGAAGCAGAAAAUCGGGGCGAUAUUCUGACGGUGUCCGGUGAUGGAUCGUGGUCGAAACGCGGUUUCACGUCGCGCAUGGGUAUCGUCUCCGUGAUUGGAAAAUAUACCAACAAAGUUUUGGAUGUUGCUGUGAAAUCAAGCUUCUGCAAGGCUUGUGCAUCCUGGAAAGGAGAAGAGGGAACACGCGAGUACGAGGCGUGGUUUGAGACGCAUGAAUCCGAAUGCAACGUCAAUCACGAAGGCAGCGCGGGAAAAAUGGAAGUCGACGGUUUAAUCGAAAUAUUCAAGAGAUCAGAAGAAUUGCACAACGCGAAAUACGGUUUCUAUAUAGGAGACGGCGAUACAAAAACAUUCAAGAUGUUACUAGAAGCCAAGCCGUACGGUGACGAUUUGACGGUAAACAAAAAGGAAUGCGUUUUGCACGUGAAAAAGCGAGUGUAUAAAAGGGGAAACGAAGCAAGAAAAAGGUUAGUUCAACUAAAAAAGGCCAAAAAGCAAAUCGAAGACAAGGCAAUGGAGAGUGAACCGAAAAAAAAAGGAUCUCGUUCGAGUACUCCGAAAAAUAAAAAAAAUCAAACAAAAAAAACUGCUGUUGAACCGAAAAGAGCGCAAUUGGCGUUAAAAUUAUUGACAAAUCUCUCCGAAUAUUAUGGCUUGGCAGUUCGUCGAAAUUCCAAUUCCGUGGAAAAUAUGAGGAAAGCCAUAUGGGCUACAUUUUAUCACAAAAGCUCAACUGAUGAAAAUCCUCAGCAUGAGUAUUGCCCUCCGGGAGAAGAUUCGUGGUGCGAAUGGCGCAAGGCCGAGGCCACAGGAGAGGAGUACACCCAUCCACCAGCACUCGACGAAGACGUACAACAAGUUUUGAAGCCGAUUUACGAAGAUCUAACAACGGACGAUCUCUUAGAACGAUGUACGGGCGCAAACACUCAAAACAAUAACGAGAGCUUCAAUCACUGUGUGUGGCAACUAGCCCCGAAGCACGUAUUCUGCGGCAAGCAGAUAGUGGAAAUCGCUACGCAGUGUGCUGUGUGCACCUUCAAUGAAGGUUACGACCCGAUUUUAAAAAUUUUGGAGACGAUGGCAUGCACGAUAGGGCCGAGCGCCGCACAUUUCGCCGCAAAAUACAAAAAUGCGCACAUCACCCAAGCAAACCGCCGGGCGUCCCUGGAUAGCAAAGAGGCGAGGACAGCUCGUCGGACUGAACAAUCCAUCGAGCACGAUCUUUUCGAAGAAGCAGAAGGGAUAUUGUAUGGACCUGGCAUCGCUGAUUGGCCGUGA